AUGAGCGCCGCCGACCACGCUCGCUCGCCCCGUAAGAGCAUCGGCAGUGCUGGUAACAAGAUUACGAGCAUGUUUUCGACGGUGAAGGCCCUGCUCACGGCAUCCCGGCGGACGGCGAGGCAGUUGGCAGAACGCCAGAAGCUAGAAUCAGAGUUGGAGUCGGCCUACAAGUCGACGAUGGCCGUAUGGGGCGUCAUCUUCAUGGCCUCAGACCUGGGCAUGGCCCUGGUCAUGGCGAUGCUGAUGUAG